AUGGACGAAUACAUGGCCUCCAACGGCUUCUCAAACGAACUGAAGCGGUCCUUAUCGACUCCAAAUCUGCAAAAGCAACGUGAGGACCACCAGCCACGUGGAGAUCCCAACUUGACAGUCAAAUCGCCGCCGACCCUUCUCAGUGAGGAAAAGGUCCAAUGGGUCAACGACCUGCAUGAGGACAUACAUAUACUCAAACCGCUCUUGGACGAAAUCAUCACAGGACAACGAAAGAUCUUGCAAGAGCUCGGCAUCAAAUCGCAGCACGCCGAAUCCAUACCAAGAGGCAGCACGCCAUGGCCGCAUGGCCGCAUGGCCGCUAUUGAUGCGGCAACAAUGGUGAAAUGGGACGAGGUCCAAUCGACUAGGCGAAUGCUUGAGCCCAUGUUGAAAGAGAUCCGAGGAGCUGGGGGCUCAGAUGAGCAGUACUGGGCAGCAGCCGGCUUGUGGGAAGCUGUUCUGGGAUGGAGCAUGCGAGGUUGA